AUGCAGCAGCAUCUCCGCGCUACGUUCAAAAUCUGCAAGCGUUUCUCAAGAAGUGCUAGGAAGCAGCUGAGAGAACUAGUCUUGGAGAGCGAGCUGGUAAUCCAAGCAUCUAGUGAGGUUCCGACUCCAUAUGAGAAGCUUAUCUACUAUGAGGCUGAAAAGAUUGGAGAGGGAACGUUUGAUCGAGUUUAUAAGGUUGUUAAAGGGCGAUAUGGGAAGGUUUUCGCUGCUAAGAUAUUCAGCCCUCCACCUAAUGAAAAUAAGAAACGAAGGGAUGGACUCAACACCCCGAAUAUAUUACAAGUAUUUGAACUUCAGAAGUUCUCAGAGCCUGCAAUCAUCAUAGCCUUCUAUGGCUCUGGAAGCAUAGCUGAUAUUAAUAUCGAGAAGAGCAAAUACAUCACUGCUUGGAGCCAGAUUCUUAACAGCCUUAAUCAUCUCUAUAAUAGAAAGAUAGUCCACCGCAAUCUCAAACCCGAGAACUUCUUGGUUGAGAUAGAGCUGCUAUUCAAAGUCGUUAUCGCCGAUUUCGGUCUAGCCAAGAUUGCAACCAACUCUACUUCUCUGCAGACUUUCUGCAGCUCGCUCAAGUACACAGCGCCCGAGGCGUCAUCGCCUUGGAAUGGAUCUACGGCAUUCCGAAAACCCCCCCCCGGAGACCAGCAGUCAAGCGAUUGGGCUAACAAAUGGAACAAGCUGCUCCUCGACAAGUUGAGGGACCAAGAAGAUGGUGAUAAGGUUAUCCAGAUCUUGGUUCAUAUGAUUGAGAUCGACACUACUUCGAGAUGGGCUGCGAGUCAAUGCUUGGCGGGUAGUCUUAAGGCUGGCGUUCUUCAAAGGAGGAUGACUGAUGGCUUGGUCGCCUGCGCGGACGACCUCGAUUUGACCCAGAAAGAAGGGGAGGAUGAGAAAAGGACACUUUCUUAG